GUCACGUAGUUGCUGAAGCUCGAAAACAAACAGUUUGCUUUUAAGCGUCGAGGCAUUCAAACGUACUUUCAAUUACAAAAUAAAUUCAAAAUAAUUGCAAAUAAUUGAAGCGCUAAAUACAACUUCAAGUUAUGUUAAAAGUGUGCUUAAUACUCUGCUGCAUUUGCGUUUCUGGAGUGCAAUUGCAAUUUCCCGGAUUGGAGGACAAUGAUCUCUUCGGGCUGCUGGAGGAUGACUUGGAUCUCACACACGUCAACUGGCGAGCAAUGAUACCGUUGCUGUUGCAGCGUCAGCAACUGCGUCUCUGUGUGGCCAUCUAUCGCUAUGACCAACAACUGUUGGCUGGAACGCCGUGCGAAAGGCUGCUGGAUAGCCGACUCAUGGCCUAUUGUGAUAUUGGACACAUUGAGGAUCUGAGCAUGACAAUGCGCGAUGCAUUUGGCGGCAUGCUGUUUGAUACGCUGCAGAAAUGCCGUCCUGGAUUCGAGAUCUUUGGUGUGCGUUGCAGGCGACGUGCCUGAGAGUGGAGAGAAGUGCAGAGAAAUAUGAAGCUUGAGUGAAUCGCUAAUUCAGUUUUCUUAGUCGUCAUCAUCAACUCGGAAUGUCGCUGCUGUCGUUGUUGCUGUUGCUGUUGCUAUUGUUGCUGUCUCUGUUUGUGUCCCUUGUCAUUUCAAUGUGUCAAUAAAAAUGCGAUGUGGGUGAAGGCCUGCCCUGGCCAGCCUGGCAGACACCAGAGUCCUUGCUUAGAGGCAUCAUGACAAAUGACGAUUAUAAUUUGUAAAAUUUGCACCCAGCUUGUUAUCCCUCGUCAGAGCCAGCCCCUGACGACUGACUAUGGCCUAGUUUUUGCGCUUUCAGAUUCAGUUAGUCCAUUGCAAUUGUUGUUGCAAUUAGCAGAGACAGUAGGCAAAGGCAAAGGCAAAAGAGACUGAGACGCAAAAGGAGGUGGCAAAACAUAAGCACUACUACGAAAAGCUAGCUGAAACACUGAUGGCUUGAUUUUUCCAUUAAACACAGUAAAUGGAAAAUUGCACCGAACAGCACAGAAGAAUAGAGAGAGCAUAAAGCAAAAGUCGUUUGUUGUCGUUUCUAUACAAUACUAUAUACACACGUACUUGUUGUUCUUGCUUGGCAAUUACCGGGCCGAACGGGCGAAAGCAUUUAGCUUGAAAUGAUGACCAACAUGAGUUUUCAUUUUGAACAGUGGUAGUAGCUCUUUCUCUCUCUGUCUCUCUGUCUGUGUUGCCAACUAUUUUCUGCUUAAUUUGUGUGCUGAUGUGCUAAAACACCUCAGCUCAGCAUCAAUCUUUAUAUAAAUCACAACUGAACCAAAUCGUAGCAUACUUUUCGGCUGCGAUGGAAAAUUUCUGUGUCGACCUGAAAAUAUUGCCUGCUGCUGCUUUGGUAUUGUUCUGUUUUAUGCAAAAUGCAUAAGGAAAUUGCCUAAAAUGAUUGCAUCUGAGUUGGGGAAUUGGUGGGCUAUAUGCUAAACUAUAUUGUUACUCUAUUUCAACAUAAUCAAUAUCAAUAAACUGUAGUAGUUGCCCCAAAU